AUGGCGGGGCGGCGGCGGCUGCUGCUGGUGCUGCUGCCGCUGCGCUGCCUCCUGCUGGGGCUGCUGGGCGGCGGCGGCGGCGGGCAGCCCGGCGGCGGGGAGUACUGCCACGGCUGGGUGGACGGGCAGGGCGGCUACCACGAGGGUUUCCAGUGCCCCGAGGGCUUCGACACGGCGGCCGCCACCAUCUGCUGCGGCUCCUGCGCGCUGCGCUACUGCUGCGCCGCCGCCGAGGCCCGCCUGGAGCAGGGCGGCUGCACCAACGACCGGCAGACCCCGGACCCGGGAGUCACCGCCCAGCCCAUCUACGUGCCGUUCCUCAUAGUCGGAUCAAUAUUUAUCGCCUUCAUUAUCGUGGGCUCUCUGGUGGCGGUUUAUUGCUGCACCUGUUUAAGACCUAAGCAGCCUUCGCAGCCGAUACGCUUCUCUCUCCGGAGCUACCAGACCGAGACUCUUCCCAUGAUCCUGGCCUCGACCAGCUUCAGGACGCCGUCGAGGCAGUCAAGCACAGCCACCAGUUCCAGUUCGGCCAGCGGUUCGGUUCGCAGGUUCUCCUUCGCCCGGGCAGAGCCGGGGUGCCUCGUGGCGUCGCCACCGCCGCCCUACACAUCUGGCUGCUUCCAGCCAGCCCACGCCGCCCACCUGAACCAGCCAUCGGGAUUUCUGGUGUCGCCGCCGUACUUUGGGUACCCGCUCCAGCCAGAGCCUGCCCUAGCUGGGAAGAGCUGCUCUGAUUUCGGCCAGAGCUGA